UCUCACUCCCUUAUGAUCUCUCUUAACUCUAUCUAUCGUCGCCAGCUUUGAUUAACUCUAAACUCCCCACCAGACUGCACCUGACAGACCUGUUUGUGGAUCAUGCAUACCAAAGGAAGUACAGAAUGUGUCAUCUCUCCUAGCUGUUGCUCUUUUGAAGACUACAAUCAGACGACAGAAUGGCUUCUGAGUCGGACGAGACAUAGGCCUAAGAUCGCAGUGGUGUGUGGCUCAGGCCUGGGCCUGCUCGCCGAUGGUGUUACCAACAAAGAGAUCUUCCCUUAUGCAGAUAUCCCCAACUUCCCCGUCAGCACAGUCCCGGGUCAUGAGGGGUGUCUGGUGUUUGGUAUUCUGAAAGGCAAAUCCUGCGUCUUCAUGCAAGGCAGAUUCCAUCUCUACGAGGGCUAUUCACUCUGUAAGGUCACAUUCCCGGUGCGGAUCUUCAAGCUGUUGGGCGUGGAGACCCUCAUUGUGACUAACGCCUCAGGGGGCCUGUGUCCGGACUUCAAAGUGGGCGACAUCAUGCUCAUUAAGGACCACAUUAACCUGCCAGGCUUCGCCGGCCAGCACCCUCUGUGCGGCCCCAAUGACGAACGGUUUGGGAUCCGGUUCCCCUGCAUGUCAGAUGCCUACAGUAAGGACCUGAGGAAGCUAGCUCUGGAUAUCAGUCAUGAGCUGGACUAUACCAACUUUGUGCGGGAAGGGGUGUACUGCAUGGUGAGCGGGCCCAACUUCGAGACCAUCGCUGAGGCACGCAUGUUGCAGGUCUUGGGGUGCGACUCUGUGGGCAUGAGUACGGUCCCAGAGGUAACAGUGGCCAAGCAUUGUGGCCUGAGGGUCUUUGGUCUCUCACUCAUCACCAACAAGGUCUCCCUGGACUACAGCCGUGAGGAGAAGGUGAACCAUGAGGAGGUCCUGGAGAUCAGCAAGAUGAGGGCGGAGCAUGUGCAGAUGAUGCUCAACACACUUAUUGCCCGCUCAGACCAGCUGGACGAGGGCCUCAAUGUCAACUGAAGGAGGAAGGGGGAUGGAGAAAGAGACAGAGACAUACUCUAAUGUUGAAGCACAUUCUCACACACAGACACUCACAAACACGCAGAAAUGUACACAGACAUGUGCAAACAUGUACAUAUCAUUCACUGUGAAUCUUUACAAUAAAUAACCACCCAUGAUGAUGAAAGAAUUUAGUCAAUUUUCCAGUUUAAUAAAAUGUUCUAAAGUUGUUGUUUUUUACACAAGAACCAGUCUUAUGCUUAUUUGAUGAUAGGGCACUGACAUGAGAAUACGUAAUGCUCCUAUUUAACAUCAGCUGAAGGGGUGUCACUACCAGUUGAACAACUGAACACCUUCAACUGAAAUGUGUCUUCUGCGUUUAACCCAACCUAGGUAUCCCCUUUCCUUACGUGAGGAAAUUCAGAGAGAGAGAGAGAUUGUCACGCCCUGUGACUUGGGUGGGCAAAUCUGUUUCUAUUUCUUUGUUGGCCUAGUAUGGUUCGUUGUCUCUGAUUGGGGAUCAUACUUAGGCAGCCCUUUUUCCCACCUUCAGUUGUGGGAUCUUGUUUUUGUACAGUUACUGUGUAGCCUGCAAAACAUUACGUUUGUUUAUCUUUUGUUGUUUUUAUCUAAAUAAAGAAAGAUGUACGCUUACCAUGCUGCGCCUUGAUCCGAUCCUUCAAACAACGGACAUAACAGAAGAUCGUUGUUGGGAUCUUCUGUUACGUUCAUUGUUUGAAGGAUCGGACCAAGGCGCAGCAUGGUAAGCGUACAUCUUUAUUUAGAUGAACACCAAAAAAACAAAAGAUAAACGAGGUGGGAAACAAGGCUGCCUAAGUAUGAUCCCCAAUCAGAGACAACAAUAGACAGCUGCAUCUGAUUGGGAACCAUACCCGGCCAACAAAGAAAUAGAAAAACUAGAAUGCUCACCAAAUCACACCCCGACCUAACCAAAUAGAGAAAUAAAAAGGCUCUCUAAGGUCAGGGCAUGACAGAGAUUAUACAUUAAUUCCACCAAAUGUUUUUCUCCCAAAAAUAAAUGUGAAAAGCCUCCAACCAGAAAAUAGCAUUUAAUGACAACUAGUGGGGAAAAAAAUAUGCAACUGAACUAAUGUACAGAUGAUGGUGCUUUUCUCUUCAAAUUCCUCCUGCUAUUCAGAGCUAGUGACAGAAAAAACAUGUCCUGUAUUGAUAUAAGUAUACAGGGCUUUCUUCUUUGUUAUUCCCUCACUGUUUAGAACGAGAAUCAAACUAUUAUUUAUGUGCUUCACUGUGUUUACCAGACAACACAAGUCUGUUUCAUAAAGUUGAUUAAAAAACUAUUUUCAUACUGAA